UUGUUAGGUGGUGCUGUAUUAAUAAACUAAGCUGACUGCUAAAGAAUAAAUCCAUGAGUCAACAAGAAGACAACAUUUAAGCACCAAUUACACAGGAGGCUUCAUCCUUAAGGGCUUAAACAAAGUCUCCUACAUCUUGUUUUCAAUUUUCUGCAUUUUUCUCAAUGGCUGCAUCUGAUUCCAGGGUGUCAAUGGAAUGUGUUAAGAAUGAUACUAUAGAAGGAGCAGCAGAGCCAGUUGAUGGAACUUGUACAGAGAUCAUUGUCGUUCGUCAUGGUGAAACAGAAUGGAAUGCUCUUAGAAAAAUGCAGGGACAGAUGGACAUUGAUCUAAACGAGGUCGGAAGACAGCAAGCUGUCACAGUUGCUCAUAGACUUUCAAGGGAGACUAAUAUAUCUUGUAUAUAUUCAUCUGAUUUGAAGAGGGCUUUCGAGACUGCAGAAACAAUAGCAUCUAGAUGUGGUGGACUUGAGGUUGUUACAGAUAAAGACCUGCGAGAAAGGCAUAUAGGGGAUCUUCAAGGACUUACAUUUCGUGAAGCACCAAUGGUUAACCCUAUAGCCUUUGAAGCAUUGAAGUCUCCUGAAAAUGAUCAAGAAAUUCCGGGUGGUGGUGAAAGUCGCGAUCAGGUGUACAAAAGAUGCACAUCUUCAUUACAAAGAAUUGCUGAAAAACACAGAGGAGCGCGAGUAGUUGCAGUAACUCAUGGGGCUGUCAUAGAAAUGCUAUACAAAAGAGCUAUACCUGGAGGACGCGCUGAAGGGAUAUGGAAUACAUCUAUAAGUAUAUUUCAGUUGUUUGAAGGAGAUAAGUGGUCAAUCAAAUUAUGGAAUGAUAAGAGUCAUCUCAGAGAAACUGAAUAUCUGGAAUCGGCUUCUGGUGGAGGCGAUGCUUCAUGCUAGCUAGCUUAUGAUUUGGGAUUCGUGUUUCAACUCGUGAUGAGAUGUGUUUGUACCAAGGUGGAUUGAUGUACGCGUCUGUUGUAUUUUUGUUAAUUGCAAGUCUUAAUAAUUGCAAUUAUAUAUAUGGCAUGAGUGGAGUUAAA